AUGAGAAUUAAACACCGCUCGCAAAGCCGCCGCGCUUCUCCGGUGCUUGCUGCGGGAACGAAGCCACCUAGCCGCAGAGUUGCUGCCGAUGCUGCUGUCGCCGCCGCCGCAGAGAGCACCUCCUCGCCCGAGCUGCCCGAUAGCCAGUCGAAAAAGCGAAAGAGGCCGAGCCUCGAGUGGUGCAGCUCUUAUAGCUGCGGCGCCACCCCAAGCACACGAGGUGAUGUGCAGGGGAGUGAGAACGAGGAAGGAGCACAUGGAUUACCUUUGGAAGGAGCAGUGCAAGGACAAGGAAGAGCCACUUUUGAGAAUCCAGAUGAAUCCAGAAGGCAAGAAGGAAUCCAUACCGAGGAGAAACUGUAUAUAUGCUCAGGCUGUGGAAAGAGCCAAAAUGCAGGCCUUGGGCCACAACAGAGAAUCAAUGAAGAUUUGACCUCAUAUAUUUGUGAAGAAUGUUGGAAGAGCGUUAGUUUCAUACCAAACCCGAGAAUGCAUCAAAGGUCCCUUACAGGAGUCGAACCCUCUGCAUCUGCAGUGGGGGGCCUUUUCUGUUCCCCCGACAACAUUGACACCCAGGAAGUCGGUCUCCAGCUGACUACCCCUCUUCCUUCUGAAUUUUACUCUCUUUGUCAAACAGACCCCAUUCCUUCAUUCAAUUCCUUCACCUUCCCAGAGCAUUCAAACCCUCCAAUAUUUCUUACAAACCCUCCAUUUAUACCCCCGAGUCUUACACAAACCCAUGGCCAGAUCAUGGCAUUUUCUUCUCCUGCACAGGGAGAGGGGCUGCUCCAUUCUCCAGGCACAGAGAUGCAUGCGAGCCAUCACGCUAGCAAUGAAGAAUUUCAAUAUUCGUGUAUGAUCAGAGACCCUGUCUCUGAGGGGCAGGAGAGGGAUAUAUCUGUUCCCGGCCUGAGUAGCAGCUGUCUUGAACAAGAACAACGAACAGGAGACCGAGCCAGUGAGGAUGUUCCUUCAAGGUUGGAAAUCCAGGGAGAGGAGAAAGCCUGUAAAUGCUCAAUGUGUGGAAAGGGCUACAGUUACAAUUCAGCACUUGAAAUACAUCAAAGACGUCACACAGGGGAAAAACCCUAUACAUGUGCAGACUGUGGGAAGAGCUUUAUUACGAAAUCAGAUCUUAACGUACAUCAAAGAAUUCACACAGGGGAGAAAUCCUAUACAUGUGGAGAAUGUAGGAAGAGCUUUGUGACUAAUGUAAAACUAAAAAUACAUCAACGAAUUCACACAGGGGAGAAACCCUAUAGAUGUGCAGACUGUGGGAAGAGCUUUAUUACGAAAUCAGAACUUAAAGUACAUCAUAGAAUUCACACAGGGGAGAAACCCUAUACAUGUGGAGAAUGUGGAAAGAGCUUUAUUACGAAAUCAAAUCUUAAAGUACAUCAAAGAAUUCACACAGGGGAGAAACCCUAUACAUGUGGAGAAUGUAGGAAGAGCUUUGUGACAAAUGGAAAACUAAAAAUACAUCAAAGAUUUCACACAGGGGAGAAACCCUAUAGAUGUGCAGACUGUGGGAAGAGCUGUAUUACGAAAUUAGAACGUAAAGUACAUCAAAGACGUCACACAAAGGAGAAACCCUAUACAUGUGGAGAAUGUGGAAAGAGCUUCAUGAGGAGUAAUGACCUUAAAAUACACCAAAGAAUUCACACAGGUGAGAAACCCUAUACAUGUGGAGAAUGUGGGAAGAGCUUCAUGAGGAGUGAUGUCCUUAAAAUACAUCAAAGAAGUCACACAGUGUAGAAACCCUAUAUAUGUGCAGAAUGUGGGACGAGCUUCAUUACAAAUGGAAUCCUUAAAGUACAUCAAAGAAUUCACAAAGGAGAGAAACGCUAUACAAGUGCAUAA